ACUCUUUUAUAGUUUCCCCGGUUACUAUAGAGACCUUUCUGUGCUUCACCCAGCCCUGCAGCAAACAUAUCCUGCAGUUAUUAAAUAAGCAGAAACAUGCUAAGGCAAAGUAUUUGUUACUCAGAAUAGCUACUAGCAACUGUGAGUCUCACUGCCUUCUUCCAUUGUGAAAAAAAUGAUAAUUUACAAGUGAUCAGGAAAAUCAGCCAGCAGUCAUGGACAAAAGGACAUACCAUGCUUGUUUCCAGUUUCUUGUGGCCUGUAUUAUAUUGCAGCCACUUCAAGCUGCAGAUGAUCUGCCCACAAGGAACGAAGACUUCUCAACCACAAUGGCCACGCCUGAAGCAAGACAGACUGCCAUAUCUAGAAACACUGGAAUGUCCAGGAAAGAAGCAGGCAACAGCACUAUACUGCAUACUGCAGGCAAUAACUGGAAUGCUACAGUUGCCAUCACAGUGAAUGUCACUAGUUUUUCUACACUCUCGCCUCAUUUUGCCCAAAGCACCCACUCUCCUCAUGCAAAACCUAACAGUCCAUCAGCUGCCACUGCUGAAACCAAAACUGGGGUGACGACAUUACCUACGGAGUCAUCCAUUAGGAAUUCUACAUAUCAAGCCACUACUGAAGAGUCCAAAGUCACAACUUCAGCUGUCACAUGGAAUCUCACAGUUCCGCCUUUUAGAACUGCACCACUAUUGAGUAGCAAGGCCUUGCUUGCAAUUUCAGCGAGCCCAUUCCCAGGAGGAGUUCGUUUGAAUAAUUCAGAAACGAUCCUAACAGCGGGUUUUGCCAUUAUUCUUGCACUGACAAUCCUGGGGUUCCUUGUUUACAUCCUUGAUAAACAUAGAAAACAAAGGAAUCAGUAUUCCCACUACCCACUCUAUGAUGGCUCUUCUGAAAUAGUGGAUAGGUAUGCAACUCCAGAUGACACACUCGUAAUAUCAGGAGGUUUAUAUGAUGCACCAAGAAUUUAUAAUCCCGACAUGAUGGUGUAUGAAGAUGAUGAGCUUCAAACUGAUCAUUUACCAUUUAGUGCUCAACUUGGCCAAUUCAGACUGGAAUUUUUGCCAGAUGAAAAAGAAAAGGACACUUCCUCAACUUAUGAAACAUUUCAGAUACCACCAGGGGACCUAUAAUGCUUAUAGCAUAGACUUCCUACAGAAGUUAAAGAAAUGUGAACUACAGUACUUAUUACAAGUGCAACUGAGUAAAAUUAAAAUGGGUACAUGAAGUUAAGCAGGUAGGUUUAUUAAAACAAUGAAGCUAUUAAAACAGUGGUAAAUAAUUCUCUUCUCCCUGGAGGUGAAUAGUAUUCCACCGGAGGCUGUUUCACUGGCAAUAUUGUGCUUGGUUGCAUAACAGUACCCUUUUCUGAUUCACUGGGUGGCUUCACACGAUCACCGCCAAGUUAGUAAGCUACAGGUGUGAUGUGUGAAGCCACCAAGUGCCGGUUGCCAUGCCACAUUACUGAGAUUCGCCUGACUUCUGUAACCAAGAUUUGAAGUUGGACAGACAAAGUUGGGAUCAUCUUGGUAACAUGGUAUGGCAACUAAUGGUUGGCGGCUUCACACAACAUGCCCAGUGGGAGUGCAUAUUCAAGAGGAACCUCUGGUUCAUGGCUUACCAACUUGGCAGUGAUUGUGUGAAGCUGCCCACUCCUUAAUAGUGAAACUAUUUUCAUUAGCCUAAAGAUCAAGUUUAAAUGUUUGUAUUUAACUUGUAUAGGCAGCUGAGCAUGCUGAAGAGAAUUAACAUAGGGCUGAAUGAAGCCCUCUUUUCUCCCUUCUCCUUCCUGGUUGGCCCUCAACUGGGCACUAGCCGUUGAUUUUACUGCAGCCUUGUGUAACCCUUCCAUGUACACAUCCAACCAUCCUUCUUCUCCCAGGCCCCAGAGGUUUCUUAGGCUCCAGAAUGAACAAAAGAGGAGGAGAGGGGAAAGAGGUGUCUUCUGAGCCCUACACUGAUCCCCUCCCACACAUACAGUUGUUGUGACUACAGGGGAUGGAUCAGGCUGUAAGUUCUUUAGUGGGGCAGGGGAAUAUUGCAUUUAAAUUAGUCCAGUGUUCAACACCUCCAAUAAUGCCAACAGAAUAAGAACAGGCUGUAAAAAGCCUUUUAUAGACUUGGUUGAGUUACUGAAAAUAAAUUAUGAAAUUCUAUGGAAUAAUUUUUUUAAAAGGAUUGGAAAAGUGGUCAAAGCUACACUUGGUUUGGGAGGAUCACAGUAAUACAAAUUAUUGUAAUGCCACAAUUCCAAUUUAUACUGAAAAAUAUGCCGGUUGUGAUACCUAAAAAUAAUUACUUUUGACUAACUUUAUUUGGAAUAACAAUGUUGUUGUUCUUGAAUAAUAAAGGAGUAAUGCUGGCUAGCAUCCUGAUUAAUGCUGAUCAUGUGUAGCCAUAUGCAGUAGAUGUGUUCCCCCCAUGUGGGCAUUUGUGUGCAGAGGGGGAAAUUUUCACUAAUCUAUCUUGCCCUGAAACUAUGCACAACUAUGUACCUAUGGGUUGUGCAGCCCUCAGGACAUAUUUUCACAUUUUAUAAAGUACUUCCAGGGAGAGGAGAAAUCGGCUAAAAAUUGCUCAUUCCUCCUACAUGAGUGCCUGUGCUUCAGAAGUGAAGACACAUUUGCUGCAUGGGUGCUUCUUUUGGCUGCAUGUGUGCUACACUAGUCGGAUGACAGCCACAAAAAUGGAAUAACCAAAAAAUUAAUACAUAAUGAAUCUGAAAAUAGAAAAUGUCUAGUUUAAAGGGCCCCUGAUUUUAUAUCAAGCAAGAAAUCUGCAAUUUCCCUCUAGAGAACAUGGCAUAGGCUUAUAGUGGGCAUUCUUGGCAGUCUAAAAAUGUAAUAUUUAAAAAAAGCUACUCUGCAAAGUUUAGUUUUAAAAAGUUUGGUUACUCUGCAAAGAUAGUUUUAAAACUUUAAGUCCAGGUAUAUCUCAAUUGUCAUAUAUUUUUAAUAGAAAUUGUAAAGUUGCCAAUAAAGAAUUAAUUUGAUAUGCACAUAGUAUUGUAAGAUACUAGGAUUUAUUAAAGUAAGGGUACUGUAUGGAUAUAGAAGAAAUAAGAAGAAAGAUGGAUAAUAAACAACUAUCCUGGCUUCAAUGGCUGA